AGCAGACAGUUUCCUAGAGCCAUAAUUACAAGUUUUUUACUUCAAUUAUGAUUGAAAAAAUAUUGGAUUCAUUUAAUAUCUUUCCAAGUUUUGUUCUAAUUUUGAACUAGAUUGAUGGCUUAAUUGAUUGUCUUACUCCAAGAAAGCUAACCAUUUAAACUUUUAAAAAAAGUGAUUAUGGAGUUUUAAUGUUGUUAAAAGAUGGCAGUUUCUUUUCCCGGUUUUCCAUGGUGGUUUUGGGGUGGUGGAAAUAAGGAGAAACAGCCUGUUUCAAAUGGUUCUUCUUUAAAUCCUCUGAAUUCUUCUUCUUCUUCUGACUGGGGAUUGGGCUUGAGAGAGUCUGAAACUGUUAAAUUCCAAACAAAGAUAUCCCAAAGGAAAGGAAAGGCAAAGUGGCAAGGCAACGAGGAGAGGAGGGUGAUAGAUAAAGAAUGCGAUGUUGUGGUGAUUCCAUCAGAUGGUGUACAUUUGUCUGGAUAUGACUCAGAAGGUCCGGAAUGGUCCAUUGGGUGGGAAGAACCACAUGGUCCUGGUUUUCAAAGCCACGAUGAAGAUGAUGGUGGGUUUGCUGUUCUGGUUCCAUCUUAUAGAUCUGGUUGCAAGGAACUCGUUGAAAGCCCCAAUAACCAGCUCUUGAAUGCAAUCGAGAACCUCCCUACUGGAUUCUCUUCUGGCAGAGGGAAGCAACUCGGUGCAGCCGUGGUUUUCAUCCUUCCCGAACUUCUGAACUGACCAACAGUCUGAUGGUGAAGUUUCUAUAAAUGAUUCAGCGGAAGGUUAACAGCCAUGGAGGAUGGAUAUAUUUCCAUGAUCUCACUCUGUUUUGGUUAGUCAUCCUCCCUGCUUGCGGUUGAAAUGACCCGCUGAAACACAAAAGAUGAACUCCUGUUGUUUGUUCUGUAAAUAAUAUUAAUGUGAAUACGCAAGAAAUGAUCCUUGCUAUCACAGCUCACUUCUACUGUGUAUAAUU